AUGAAUGGAAUCGAUGAAAGUUUAGAGUUUCUACAGACUUUAAGGUAUGGUAUAUUAAGUAAGAACUUAUUCUUAGAGUUGAGAGGCAUAAAGGAAUUUGAGGAUCAAUUGGGAAAGAGAAGGGGUCAAGUUGGGGUAUGGAUAGAAUAUGUAUCAAAGAUAAGGAGGGAUAUUGAGGUUACUAGAGAUGGUUUGCAUCAUGAAGUUGCAUAUAUGAUAGAUAGAACUGAACUAAAUCAAGAAUUAGAUGAUUGGAAAAAUACAGAGAUGCAGAAAAAACAAGGCAUAGAUGAUAGUAAUCUUGAGUUGAUGUACAAGCAAGAUUACUGUUUGUUGAUAUUAAGGAGGGCAUUAUCUUCAACUAACAGAAGAGUAUUGUCUAUAUGGUUAGAGUAUCUUAGUUUUAUCGAGGAAUAUGAGAAUUUCAUGGAGACCAAGUUAGGUAAGGAGCUUAUAGGGUUGGAUUUGAGCAAUGAGUACGAGAAUAGUCUAAAAUCAUGUAAUGAUUUAGAUCUUUGGCUGAGAUACAAUGCUUAUUUAUGUAAAUCUCGGUUAGAGCUUACCAAUUCUCGCUUGGUUUUGGACAGAAGUUUGAAGAGUUUGCCUAUAGAACAACACCAUAAGAUAUGGGAGAGGUAUUUAGAAUAUAUAAUGGAAGUGCAAAUUCCAGAACUCUCAAUAAGCGUUUUAAGGAGGUUUUUGAUAUUUUCAUAUGUUGAGGGAAUUAGAAUGUACAUUCAAGCUUUGAUAGAUGGAGGUAGGUAUGAAGAAUGUUUGGAUAGAUUGGUAGAUGUAGUUUUGGAGAAAGAAGGAAAUUUGAGAGUUCAGGAGACUUUUGAGGGUUUGAAAAAAGGAUUAUUAGUUGGAGGAAUCAAUUAUAAAGUUAGUGAAAUGGACAGCUUAAUAGUUUUGGUUUUGGCAAUCAUUUCCGAGUAUGUUUUAAAAAUCAACCCAAAGAAAAUUAUUGAAUAUACAAUGAAUUUAAUGCUUAGGAAACUGAAGACAUGCGAUGGCCGUGUUUAUCAGGAAAUCAUUGAUGAAGAAGUUACUCAGGAGGAUAGAAAUACACAUAAAGGAGGUGCCAUAUUUAGGCUUACUUUCGGAGAGGUUGUCUGCAAAGUAGCUCAGAUUUUUAUGAGACUAGCAGAUUGGGAACAGGUAAAAAGUACUUUUAACUUUGGAGUUGAAAAUUGCCAUUUUGUUUACGACUUUAUCACAAUUUAUGAUUCUCUGAUGAUGUUUUCCACUAUCCACUUGAGUAGAGUUUUAAAGUCUUCUCAAAACUUAGAUUCAUCCUCAUCCCCAAUGGAUGAAGAUCCCCAAGAAAUCAUUAAAAAGAGUAUCUCGGAUUUAGAGAGGGUCAUAGAAGAACACAAAAGACUUCUAUUUAGGACAUUGGUUAAAAGUGAUACAAACAAUGUCUCUAGAUGGAUCGAGUAUAUUAAUGUAUUGAUACAGGAAGAAACUAAGGAAAAGAAAAGUCAUCCAUCUCUCAAGGUGGUAAAGAUAUUUGAGGAGGCUAUAGAUACCAUAGAUUUUUCAAAGGUCAAAGAUAAGAGUAAGAAUAUUCUUUGGGUAUUUUAUGCUUCUUAUAUGACAAGUGCUAUAGAUAAUGGCCACGAUAGAUUGGAUCUUGAUAAGAAUAGAAGUGGUAAAAGUGAUCAACUGAUUGAUUUAGCAAGGGAUAUUUUUGAAAGAGGCUUGUCAGAAGACUAUAUUGAAGAUUAUUCUUUGAUUUGGACUGAAUGGAUCGAGAUGGAGCUUAGAUUUGGGAAUUUUGAAGAAGCCUUAAACUUAUCUAGACGAAGUAUAUGCAUGGCAAAAGAACAAAAAAGCAGAAUUACCUUGAGAAGUAGUCGUAUUUGGCAUUUAGCUGCAGAUCUUGAAAUGUCUUUCGGGACUUUGGAAUCUACAAGAGUAUUAAUAGAAGAUUUAUUUGAGAGUGGUAUGGUAACUGCAAGUUUAUCAGUAACUUUUGGAGCUUAUUUGAGGAGUAAAGAAUGUUAUGAAGAAUCUUUUUCACUAUAUGAACGUUCUAUGAACUGCCUAACUAUACAGUAUUCAUUUGGAUUAUGGCUAGAUUACAUUGAUAGUUUUAUUUUCCACCAUAAUAAUGGUCUGAGCAUUUAUAAGUUAUUUGAUGAAGCAGAUACAGAUUCCAUAGAGUAUGGUAACUCAAAAAUUGAUCGUUUAAGAGACGUUUUUGAUCAGUGUUUGGAAUCUUUGUUGAACUGGAAGAAGGCCAAUAUAAAUGAAAAGGACCGAAAGUACUAUUUGAAUUGUGUAUUUAUAGCUUAUAGUGUUUACUCAGCUUAUGAAGCCAAGAUUGGGAGAGUUAGUAGGGCUUUUGAUAUAUUUAAUAAAGCAAUGGAUGAGCUGGAAGAUCAUGAUCAACACAAACUGAAUCUUUAUUCCAGAUGGAUAAAAUUAACUUUAAAAUGUAGAGACAUCUCAUACACUAGAGAAAUAUUUGAUAAAGCAAUUGAUGACAUCAAAGCUUCUGAUCUUAUUAUAAGGUUGGCUCUAAGAUAUGUAAACUUUGAAUUAAAUAUGGGAGAAGUGAAUAGAGUUAGGUCAAUAUUUAUUUUUGCUGGAGAUUUGAUUCCAAAUAUAUAUCUUGUAAAUGAACAUAUUGAGAUUUUUAACAGGUUCUGGAAUACCUGGAACCAGUUUGAGGUUGAGUAUGGGAAUGAGGAUACUAUUAAGGAUAUGCUUAGGGCAAAGAAGAAUGUAGCUUUGGUUUCCGGACAUUCUAGCAUACAUUCGACUCAGUUAAUGCAACAAGAAAAGCAGAAGGAAUAUCAUCAAAGUGACCCUGUUGAAGUCUCUGACCAGAAUUUGGAAGACAGAAACAUUUCUCCCAACUCCGAUUCAGACGAUGAAAUUUUACUCUCUACUUCUUCUGAUGAGCAGAGUUCCAUAAACCAGGAAAGCGAUGAAGAUAUGGUAGAUUCCGAGUCAGAUUCACAAAUUAAGCAGGGGGAUAGUUACUCUGAUAAUAACGAAGAAAUAUGA